AUGGCCCUCUCGACAGAAUAUCCUCCCACGUGGGAAUCCGCUUUCGAAACCCACUCUCUUCCCGCUCUCCACUCACUCUCCGUCUCCCUCCGCCAGACCCUCACGGCCAAUGCCACGGCUCAACGUUCACUAGUCGGAUCGCGGUACAGAGAGCUGCUCUCCACGGCCGAAAGAAUCGUGACUAUGGCGGACGACGUGGAAAGAGUCGAAGAAUUGAUGGGCACCCUGGGGAGAGGAUGUUCAGCGGGGAUGGUGGAAAGGAAGGCCAGAGGUUUGGCGAAGUGGAAGGAUGGAAGAGUUGAGAGAGGAGGAGAAGCAGAGGCGUUGGUUAGAGGACGGGUGGUCAGGAGUUUGGUCGAUGGAGCGGGGAGGUUGGGAAAGAGAGGGAGGGGUGGGCAUGUGCUGGCUGCUGGGAAGGAUGUUGUGCUGGCGAGGUUGAUUGUCAAGAGCAUGGAGAAGACUGGAGAAGCGAGUCAGGAGACCGCAGAGUUGGGAAAGAGGGUCAAUGGUGCGAGAAAGAGGCUGUUGCGGUGGAUUGAGAAGGUUGUGGGACGGAAGGAUGAAGGGAGACAAGGAGUUGUGAGGGCAUUGACGGCAUAUACGCUCGUGGUCAGUGCAGCGCCGAAGGAGGUAUUGAGAUUCUUUUUGCAGGUCAGACUGGGAGAGGUUGAGAGGAGAGCCGAGGCGAUCGAAUCAGGAAAGAAAGAGGAUGGUUUGGUUGGAGUGCUGGAUACGUAUGCGCAGACGCUGGUGGACGUGAAGAGUAUCUUUCCUCGGAAGCUCACAGACGCGCUGUCUGCAUUGGAGAAGACCACGCUGGUGCAAGAUCCGGAUGUCCGUGCCAUGGAGGGACUGAGCCUGGAUGUGUACGAGAAAUGGAUACCAGAGGACGUCAGGAACUUCCACCCAUAUGUCCGACAUGAACAACUCACUACGGCCGAAGUGAGCAGUGGGCUCGCAGCGUGGACGAAGCAAGCGCAGACGACUGUGCUUCAAGGUAUACACGCCGCUCUGGAGUCUCAGAUUGAUGUGGACGUGGUGCUACGGAUCCGACAGCAGGUCCUGUCGAAGUACAUCUCCCUCAGCACUCAACUCCGCAAUGAGCAGCAUACUCGAGCCAUCGAAUCUGUUCGUUCUACCUUCCUCGCCAGGCUUUCACAACUUACUGAGCAGGCCGCUGAACUCCCCGACCUCACCUCCAAUCUCCCUCAUUCAUCCGCCAGUCCUCCGAGUGUAUGGGCUCUUCACUCGACUUCCGAUCUCGACUCACCUGCCGGCGCUUCCCGCUUUCGACAAGCAAUUCUCACUCAUCAACAUGGCCAUAGUUCCGCCACGCAAAACGUUUCCGUCAUCCUAGACUCCUGGUCUAGCAAUAUCCAAACCUACACCGCGGCCAUCGCCGGCAUGAAGGCUAUCAAAUGGGCAAAUGACCUUGAUCUGGACCUCGACGACUUGACAGAUGCCGAAGGUCUGCAUCACUCCCUCAGUCAGGAAGACCCAAAGUCACUCGAAGAAAGGCUUCAAACCGCUGUCGCGAAGAAUCUCAAUCUCGCUUACGAGAAGCUCGAGGCCUCUUGCAAGUCUUCAUCGUCCCAGGAUCCAGCUCUCACACUCCGCAUGGUUCGCGAAGUCGAUCAUCGUCGGCGUGCGCUGGUCAGCCUUCUCACUGCCAAGUCAUCCACCUCCUCGCCGUCCACAUCGACACCUCACGCAGACGAAUCAUUCAUCGCCUCUCUGCACCGCAGUCUCGCAUCCUCCGUCAUCUCUAGACCUAUACAGCGCUACAAACAAUCUCUCGCAUCCUCGGCAUUGCGGAACACGUCAACGCUAUGGGAUGGCACUCCUCCUCUGCCCGUUCAACUUUCCACUUGCACAUUCCGCUUCUUGCGGGAUCUACAUCGCGAAAUGGCGGAUAAGGGAACGGACUUGUGGAGUCGAGAUGCCGUCUUGGCAGUGAAGCGAGAAGUUGAGAGGAACGUUGGGGAGGAAAUGGGAAAGAUCAUUGAUCGGAAUGAAUCCGUUGAGGAUGGCGGGACGGGAGACGCAGAAUCACAGCAGAAGGAAUCGAAUGGAGAAGAAGCCGAGGCGAAGGAUGUCUCCGAUGCGGGUGAUGCGGGCGUCGAUCCGCAGAGCAGCACAGCCACGACGACGUCGCUGCCAUCCCUUCCGCUGCUACAGAUUCUCUUCGACAUCUUCUAUCUGCAAGGCAUGCUGCAUGCUUCAGCCGACGAAGCGUCGGCUUCACCGUCUGCUCCGCAAACGAAGGGCGACCUGGAUACUGCGGCGAAAGACAGGCUGAUGAGGAGUGCAAAGGAGAGCUGGAGAAGGACGUAUCUCCUGUUCGGGCUGCUAGCUGGAUAG